AUGAAUACUGCAAAUAAAGCAACAAGAAUAACACUGUUAUUAGCAAAUGUUUGUUGCAGAAUACUAUUCUUUUAUUUCUUUUGGUUAGCUUCUGUGGAUGGAGAUACAUCCUUAUAAAAUAGACAAUAUGCUUUUAUUAAUGAAAUGUGGGCUUGGGAAUAAUAUGCAUAUUCUUCUAUUCAAGCCUAUUCUUCAAAUGAAUGUCCUGAAGAUUGGGUAUUACUUACAUCCUUUAAUUGGCCAGGAACUAAGGAACAUAUAAAUUCUAAAGGAGAAUUGAUACCUAAAUAAUCACCCUAAAGUUUUCAUUAAUGGAGUACUAGCGAAUAUUAAAUUGGCUUUAUAUUAUGUGGAUAAUAAAUAAAACAUAAUGUAAUUGAAUCAAUCAAUUCAACAGACAAUUGUGAAGAUAGGAACAUGAAAGAUUGUGGAAUAGACAAGAUGUAUUUUUGUAUAGAUUCUGAUCUCACUUGUCCAAUAAAUAGUAUAUAAUUAGAAAUAAAUGAUGGAAAUAUAUAAGUGAUUACAACCAAUAAAGAAACAAAUAAGGAUAAUAUGCCUAUUAGUUUAAUUCGUAUAGAUUCAUAUAUACCUUGUGCAACAAAAAAUGAAACUAAUGCAUAACCAGAAAUAGAAUAUGAUGAAAAUCUAGAUGAAUAACCUCAGUCUUGUAUGGAUUUAGAUAAAGAGUAUAUUGAAGUUAAUAGCAUUACUGAUAAAUUAUACUUUUAAAUAAAUAAUGCUAGAGACAUAUUUAUUGAUUCAGAUGGAACAAAAUGUAUUUAUAAUAUUUAAAUAGCUUUGUUCUAUAAACCAUACCCAUUUUGGAAUUAGGAAUGUAAUGGAGAAAUGUUUUUGAUAGCUUAAAAACAAUAAGAUACAUUAUCAAACUAUAGAAAAACUGAAUAUGCUAAUUUCAUAUUAGUAAUUGUUUAUUUGUUAAUUUGCAAUUAUGGAUUACCCAUGAUCCCAUAUAUUUUUAGAUGUGUUGGUAUUACUUAUGUUUUUAUACAGGUCCAUUGAGUCUCAAGACUCUAACAUAUUUAGAUUAUUUACUGAGACUUGCAUUAUCUGGCACAAUGACCUAUUUAUCAUUUGUUAAUUUAGAUUAUGGGAUGCAAUUACUAGAUAGUUUGGAUGAACUAUGGGGAAUGUAGUGCAUAAAAGAUGAAGAAGUAGUAAUUUAAGAUCAAUACAGACUAUUUAUGGUAGAUUUGCAGAUCAAAUUGAAAAACAAAGAGCUUUAGAUAUUGUAGCAAUAACAUUUUCAUUUGUGCUAUGGGCAAUCGAAGGAUCUUUGUUGUGGCUACUUGGUUGUUAAGAAACUAUUAAAUAAUGUAAACGAGGUUAUAGAAGAUUAAAGAUUAAGAAAGAUGCAGAUAAGGCUUUUGAUACAUUAAAUCAAAGUCAAUAAGUAUAAUGA